AUGCCCACCGCAGACACGGAGAAGAAGGUGAACAUGCAGAGGACGUACUCCGAUCCUGACCUACCUCAGCUGCUGCCUUUGCCAGCGCGCCCAUCUUCGUCCUACGAGCCACGACCGAAGGUCAAAGAGGCUGCCCAAUUCACCGACGAUGUGAUGCAGGCAAUGGCAGAGAAGUUGGGCGUCAAUGUCAUGGCGCAGCCGGAGUUUAACUGGGUGAUCCGGGAUUGCCUGCUAUCUCUUCGGGAUGAAGGCUGGACGUGUCAGGUCCGCAGCGGUGACUUGGAGUACUGCUACAAGUACAAGGAUGAGACUCGACCGUACCACCCCAUCGCAGAGGCGCAUCGGAAGCUGGCAGAGCGCCUUAUGGCCUCACAGGGUGAUCUCCAGAUGAAGCACCUGGAUCCACACUAUCGCGUUCGGCAUCACGUUUACCGUGCCAUCAUGGGCGAAAAGGACGUGCGACGCGUCUGCACACCAAAGCUUAUCGAGGAAGUGAUGAAGGAUUUGGACGUGAGCCCGUCCGAUGAGCCCUACCUGAUUCGCAGGAUCAAAACAUCCGUCGAAGAUGCCUACUUCAGGUAUAAGCGGACUGGAAAGUUCCAGACCACCAUCGAGAACUGCGUGGACGUGGAGUCUCUGGUUGUGAACCUCGAGCUGGACCGCGUCGGCUUUAUGAAAAAGAUCUCCCCAUCAGGCCUCCUGUACUGCGUGGAGUGUCAGACAGCUCUGGGGGAUGUGAUCUCUGCUGGGUGCCAUGACGUUCUGUGCAAUCAGUGUGCCGUUGAAACGCACAGCACCGGGAACCGGCAGGAUGCACCUCUCGUCUUCAUCGAGCAGGCAGUCUGCGCUGAGUGCACUACCAAGUCGGCGCUCGUUCGUUGCCAAGACUGCGUUGAGCUCUUCUGCUACGAUUGCUUCAAGCUGACUCAUGCAGCUGGGAAGCGCAAACGGCACUGCGUCGGCCUUCCCCAAAGAACUUUUUGCUUUGAGUGCGACAUGCGGGAGGCAGGUUGGCCAAGCGAGUACCAUGCGCAUGAUGGGCGGUGGCAGCUCCGGAUCUGUUGCGCAGCACAAGCUUAG